CAUUAUCAAAUCUGUUAAGACACUUUAAUAUAACUUCAUCUACUUUACAAAACUUUCCGACGGAAAAAAAAUGAACCGUCCAAUUAAAGUUUUACACAAGUGACGAUUAAGCGUUAUUUUUGCAAAUCUAAUCAAAUGACAAAGAUUGGUUACUUAAAUAUCAAGCAAAAUCUUCUCAAUUGACAACACUCCCGAAAAACAAACCUUUUGUAUACAUAAACAUGUUAUUGUUUGAAUGACUCACUAGCAAAAAUGAUGGGACACUAAAAUGCCACAAGCUUGCUAUAAAACCCUGCCCAUGUAUUAUAAUUCCCCUUAAAACUUUCAGUCACAUUGCCUAGGAAAGAAGUCAUGUCCUUAUCAAAAAUUUCUGUUAGUGAAGAUGUUUACCAUCUGGAUUUGGAAAAAAGGGAUUGUGACCCCUGUAAAAGGGAUGGAACAAAUAAAAAAUCAAGCUAUUUUUGUUUUGAUUGCACGGAAUACUUGUGCCAAGGAUGUUAUCAAUUUCACAAAAAGCUACGGGUCCUGCAACACCAUAUUUUUCAAGAUCUGCAGAAAAUGCCGAGGGAUUCUGCUAAACUGAAGGAUAUAUACGUAGACAAAUGUCCUUCACAUUCUGACAAAGUCAUCGAUUACUUCUGCGACUCCUGUGACCAACUUUGCUGCUAUAUUUGUUAUCGUACCAGUCACUGCAGUUGUCCCAAGGUUGCCAAUAUUCAAAGUCAGGUAUACGGUCUAGGAGACAGUGAAGAGUUUAAAGAACUGGACGGCAUGUUGACUGAAAUGGAUUCAGACUUAACCAAAAUCCGAGCACGUUAUAUCAAAAACACCCAGAAGAGGAAUGCACUGAAACAAAGAUCUUUGGCAAAAAUUAAAAAGGAACGUGAGGAAGUGAAAAAAAUGUUUGACCAGUUAGAAACGGAAAUGAAAUUUACUCUUGAUCAGAAAGACAGACUGGACAAUAGUAAGCUGGAACUGGUGAAUAAACAGUGUGAUAUUCUCGCUUCUGAUAUACGCACCCUUAGAUCACACCUAAGUAACGCUAAACCUAACGAGAAAUUUGUAGUGAUGAAAAAGGCUAAGAACUAUGUGCCAGUGAUAAAAGAUGGACUAACUAAGGUCAAUGCAGAUAAUGAGAUACAGGAGUACGAGUUCGAGCCAAGCAAAGAGCUUUCCGAAAUGAAAAAGACUGUGAUUACAAUGGGUCUUUUACUUCUACAAAGCUCCAAGACCAAAAGAGCAACAGAGUUCCGAGCGAGUAUAAAUAUCAAAGGCAAUAUGGAACGACAAUGCGAUGCCUACGGACUUUGUUUAGUUAAUGAGCACAUGCUGGUUAUUUGUGAUCACUACAAUAUGUCCCUUAAAGUGGUCGAUACCAAACAGAACAGUGUGUUGUCAGUUUUCGCUCUCCCCGCCCAACCUAAUGAUGUAACAACAGUCAAGGAUGACCAUGUUGCUGCCACUUUACAAUCUGACAAAAAGAUUAAAAUUCUGUCAGUUUCCAGAGCUGGUACACUAACAAAUGAACAAGAGAUAAGCGUGGACGGUAAUAUACAAGGUAUUGCAUAUGCUGAUGGAAACUUUUACGUUACCUUCGACAAACCAGACAGCAAACUCCAAAUCAUGGACAUGAAUGGGCGUGUUUAUAGGACAUUCAAAGCAAACGCUAACGGUGGGGCGCUUUUCUAUCGUCCAUGGAAUAUAGCCCUAAGCCCUGACCAAAGUCAUAUGUAUAUUUCUGACUUUGGUAACGGCACCGUGACAUGUAUGGCCCUGGACGGAAAAGUCGUGGCGUGUUACUGGGAUAAAGAGCUUAAGGGACCAAAGGGACUGACGGUAGACAAGGAUGGUUCGGUUUACGUCUGUGGAUCAGAGUCCAACAAUAUACACCAACUAACAUCUAACUGCCAGAAGAUACAGAUUCUACUACAUAGAUUCCAUGGUAUCCAAGGAAACACAUGUAUCGCUUACUGUGGCAAAACAAACAGACUUUAUGUGGAAUGGUACAACCGAAAUGAAAUAAAAGUGUAUGAGUUGAAAUAAUCAUUAUACAGAUUUAGAAUAGACAUUUAGCAAAGUCUAUAAAGUUUAACAUGAUAAGAGAAAAGGGAGAAUAUUUAGGACUUAUUUAUUUCAUAGUAAAUUUUAUAGUGUAAUUUCUUUAUUAUAGACUAGAUAAGUAAAGUAGUACAUGGACAAAAGGGAUUAUCUCCAAAAUAUCGCAAGAAAAAUCAGAUUGAUUCAAGUGUUACCACAGAGGAUUUCAUCAACUUAAUCAUAGUGUCUUGUGACCUCUUGCUUACAAAAGUUGUUAAAUUUCUUUCACAAUCUGUAUGCUUAACAAUAUUUUGACAUUUAAUUUACACCUUUAUAAGAUAAUACUGACAUUUAUUAUUAUUUCUUCUCAAUUACAUGUCAUGUCAUUUUAAAGAGCUGUUAAUUCAAGUGUACAUAAACUAUUCAAGGAUGUUUACAUGAUUUUUUUCCUUUUCCUUAAAAUAAUUUUCCCACUGUCUUAACAACCUUUAUA